UUCCCUACUCCGGGCCGCAACACCACCGAUUAUCGCCCUACGAAGGGUAGUCCUCGGCCCCUCGAAUUUUCCCAAUCUUUCGACGGCGGGGCUAGACCGCCUCACCCUCUACAACCAUGGGCUUCGGCGACUUCACCGGCCUCUGCCGCAUGGCACCGCUACCCCUCUGCUCGUCCGUGGGCCCGAUAACAUCGAUCGCGAGCGGCGUGGGGAUAGAGCCGGAUUGCUAUGCGCGGAACAUUGAACUGGCCAACACCAUCAUUUUCCAGGGCGCCGCGAGUGCCAUGCACAUCAUUGCGCUGGUCAUGACGGUGAUCAUGAUCUUGCAUGUGCGGGGGAAGUUUACGGCAGUUGGCCGAAAGGAGAUCACUACCUUCUUCUACCUCUACAUGCUCCUCACCUUCCUCUCGCUCUGCGUCGACGCCGGCGUAGUACCACCAGGGUCGGCACCCUACCCCUACUUCGUCGCCGUACAAGCCGGCCUCGCCUCGGCCACAGUGACGUGCCUGAUGAUCAACGGCUUCGUCGGGUUCCAGCUUUACGAGGACGGCACGCCGCUCUCGCUUUGGAUGAUGCGGCUCUGCUCGGCUGCCGCCUUCGUCAUCUCGUUCCUCGUCGCCCUAGCCACCUUUAAGACAUGGGCCGGGCUGGGACCCACCAACACCAUCGGGCUCUUCGUGGUGCUGUACCUGCUCAACGCGGUGCAGCUGCUCGUCUACGUGGUUCUGCAGAUCCUGCUGGUGAUGCGCACGCUGCACGACCGGUGGCCGCUCGGCGACAUCGCCUUUGGCAUGUUCUUCUUCGUCGCCGGCCAGGUCAUCCUGUACGCCGCCAGCGCGCCCAUCUGCAAGGCCAUCAGCCACUACCUGGACGGUCUGUUCUUCGCCACGACGUGCAACCUGCUCGCCGUCAUGAUGGUGUACAAGUACUGGGACUCGAUCACCAAGGAGGAUCUGGAGUUCUCGGUCGGCACGCGCAUGAACAACUGGGAGGUUAAGGACCUGCUGCCCGAGGAGGACCGCCGGGCCACCGUGUAUCACGAUGACCCAUACGGCCAGUCGACGGCGUACGACAACUCGUACUCGCCCACCCCGAACCGGCAUUCCAGGUAUUGAGUGCUGAAACAAUGCCAAGGGUUCGGGGGGCGGCGUCACCGGCACGAGCACCGAACCCCGUUCGUUGGCGGGCGGUGGUGGUGGGUAGCGUGGGGGCCGAAGCCUGUGCCGCAGUCUGUUGGUGGUAGGAUGCGGUGCAGUGCCAUGAUACUUCUUAUUUUGUCUCAUUCGGCAUCAGCGAGUUGGGCGCUUCUUUUCUGGCGUUGGGUUGGCUGUUUGAAAGGGGAAAUAAACGGACUCGAAAAAGAGUGACGGCCAUCAGCGGGCGGUCGAGGGCGUG